AGUCCCGCUAUCUCCUCAUUCGGCACGCACACGUAGCCUGAUAAGAUCGAUCUUUUGAGUAAUACCCUCCGCUCCACGACGUCCGUGGACCAAACAGUAACAUGUGGUUUCCCUCUCAUAACUCCCACAUAUAUAAAAGGCCUACAACAACGAGUCUCUAUAAUAUAAAGCAGUGGUACAAAAUAAUCUCCGGAUCUCAAUCAUGCACCCUUCCUACUCUCUCUACUGAAAAGGAAAUGGAGCCCGUGGAGAGGCUGAGAUCGGGGUUCGACUACUUCAAGAAGGAGAUCUACGAGAAGAAGCUCGAGUUGUUUAGUCAACUCGCGGAGGGGCAAAGCCCGAAGUUUAUGGUGUUCGCGUGUGCGGACUCCCGCGUAUGCCCCUCGGUGGUGCUCAACUUCCAACCGGGCGAGGCCUUCACCGUCCGCAACAUCGCCAACAUGGUCCCGCCGUACGAUCAGAUCAAGUAUGCGGGCGUUGGGGCCGCGAUAGAGUAUGCGGUCAUCCAACUCAAGGUGGAGAACAUAACUGUGAUCGGUCACAGCCGUUGCGGUGGCAUCAAAGGGCUCAUGUCCAUCACGGACGACAGUAGCACCAGCACUGACUUUAUAGAGGACUGGGUGAAGAUCUGCACGCCCGCGAGGGACAAAGUGAAGAAGGAAUAUGCCUCCUUGCCAUUUGCAGACCAGUGCACCAAAUGUGAAAAGGAGGCUGUGAAUGUGUCCCUUGAAAACCUCAAGACCUACCCGUUUGUGAAGGAAGGGUUGGAGAAGAAGACUCUGAAGCUGAUCGGAGGACACUACGAUUUUGUUAAAGGCAACUUCGAGACUUGGGAGAUCUAAGCGAGCUAUUAAAUAAGCUUAUAAUAAUGUAUAAAAAAACAAGAGCUCUUUUGAGCCCUUUUGUGCAUGUUUGUGCACGUAGUAGUAGCACUAAAUUAUGGAGGAACCUUUUAUUAGGGUUUCGUUUGACUCCGAGCUGUAAUGUAAUGGCUUUCAUGGAUCUUUUGUGAUCCGAAACAUCAGUAACUUCGACUAUGUUAUUGUUAUUAUUAUUAUUAUUA